AUGAAGGUCGCGGACGGGCGGGCGCCGCCGCCGCCGCCGCUUCAGCACCGGGGACAGCGCCGAGCUCCGGCCCGCCUCCCCCGGGGGCAGCGCCGGGACCCCCGAAAUGAGGAGGGGGCCGAGACCCCUGAAAUGAGGAGGGGCCCGAGACCCCCGAAAUGGGGAGGGGGCAGCACCGAGACCCCCGAAAUGGGGAGGGGGCAGCGACCCCCGAAAUGGGGAGGGGGCAGCAGCGAGACCCCCGAAAUGGGGAGGAGGCAGCGCCAGGACCCCCGAAAUGGGGAGGGGGCAGCGACCCCCGAAAUGGGGAGGGGGCAGCGACCCCCGAAAUGGGGAGGGGGCAGCAGCGAGGGCCCCGAAAUGGGGAGGGGGCAGCGACCCCCGAAAUGGGGAGGGGGCAGCGACCCCCGAAAUGGGGAGGGGGCAGCAGCGAGGGCCCCGAAAUGGGGAGGGGGCAGUGCUGAGACCCCCGAAAUGGGGAGGGGGCAGCGCUGA